AAUGACCUGGUUCAAGGCAUAAAACUGUGGUUAUUACCAGAUGAAUCUAAUUGUCUGUUAUCAGUCCUGAAUUCAACAGAAAUUGAGACUUGCCAGGCAAAUGUUGGCAUCAGUGCCAUAAUUCCACAGACAGGUAAGAUUAGAUUCAUCCACCGUUGUAUUGUUUUUAAUUUCAGCUUAUGUUUUCAACAUAGACAGUAGGUUAUUUAACAGGAGGGUGUAACCAUAGGCAUAGUUUGACGUUUGAGCUUGAGUCGAUUUGGUCAGUCAAACUUUUAAAUACAUUUUAGCAUUUCUGUAGUAAAAUGUACAAAUUCACACUCUGUGUACUAUUUAAGUGGUUUUACUAUGAUUACAUAAAGCAGCAGCAAGCGUGUGACCAGAAACAUUGCACACAAAUUACUGGUAAAGGCUGCGCUAGCAAUAAACAAGUUGAAUAGAAUGCACUAUAAAUAUUUUUGUCAACAGAAUCGCAAAGUAGAUUUUAAACAAAUUGACAAGUGAAUUACCCACUGCUUUAAAACAGAUAUCUGUUGGACAUGAUUCAAGUUAAACGCACAAAAGCAGGCACACAAACAUAUUUAUUAACGUUAAAUCUUACUGAAAAUGGACAAUUAAGCAAUUUGUGUUCUGAAAUCUAUUUCUAGGUUUUGUUUUGUGUGCAUUAAAUUACAUUUGGAUGUAAAUGGUCCUUUUCCUGACAUAAAUGUAAAACACUCAGCUGCUACAACAGAGCAUCUUGCGGAUCACCUUUAUGAGUCAUCAAGCAUCAGCAUCUUCAUCUGACUUUAUUUUGGUUAGGUCCAGAUUCCUCUGCAGUUGUUGUAUGUUGUAAAAAGCUAAAUAUCCAUUUACGCCAUGCAACAGGCAAGCAAUAUAUAGCAUAAGCUAUUAUCCACUAAAAUGCAGAUUCGUCACACGGAAACUUCUUACUAUUAGGUUUUUUGCCCACAGCCAUAUCACCCUGCAGCCCAAGACCGGUUGCCCAUGGAAGCUAAAGCCUGGUCAGUACCUGGAUGGGAGACCUCCUGGGAAAACUAGGUAGCUGUUGGUAGAGGUGUUAGUGAGACCAGCAGGGGGUGCUCACCCUGUGGUCUGUGUGGGUCCUAACGCCCCAGUAUAGUGAUGGGGACACUAUACUGUCAAAAGAGCACCGUCUUUCGGAUGAGACGUUAAACCGAGGUCCUGACUCUCUGUGGUCAUUAAAAAUCACAUGACACUCAUCGUAAAGAGUAGGGGUGUAACCCCGGUGUCCUGGCCAAAUUCCUGCCACUGGCCCUUGUCAAUCAUGGCCUCCUAAUAAUCCCCAUCCACUUGAUUGGCUCUAUGACUCUCUCUCCUCUCCACCUGUAGCUGGUGUGUGGUGAGCGCACUGGCGCCGUUGUCCUGUGGCUGCCGUCGCAUCAUCCAAGUGGAUGCUGCACAUUGGUGGUGGUUGAGGAGAGACCCCCCACAUGAUUGUAAAGCGCUUUGGGUGUAUAGCAAUACACAAUAAAAGCGCUAUAUAAAUGCUUCAUUCCUUCCUUCCUUCCUUCCUUUUUUAUAAAUUUAUUUACAAAACAACAAGAAUUUAAAAUGUAUUAAAAUAACUACAUUAUGUGCAUAUUUAUUUUUGAAUGUUGAAAACAAUAAUGAACAAAUAUUUAAAAUCUUUCAAUCGUUAGGGGGGGCCAGAAUAGAAUAAAUCUUCUAAAAGUUCUAAAACCUGAGUAACAAAACUCAUAAUAGGAUGUCAGUGUUGGCUAUUAUCUAUUGUGAGCAAGCUGUAAAUUAAAGGCUACAUUUUUAUCAUACAAUCAGUUUGAACUAUUUUUGUGUUUUAUUCUUAUGUUGUUCUUUUAUUACUAUUCAGUGCAGAACUUUUUUUCCAUAUGAAUUAUUUCAUGAUUAUCUUGAACUAUGUGUUGUCGUGAUCUCUUAAGGAUGUCAGAAUAUCAAUCCUGUUGAUCCUGAAGAGAAAUGUAGAAACACCCAACAUAACAAUGAUAGGCCUAUAUGCAGCGAGAAGCCUUGGACAAUCUGGAGUCUCAGAUGGAAGAGAUGGAAAAAAGCAAUAAAAGCAGUGAGGCUAUUGUCACGGAGGAUGGUGUUGGUUUUCUUCAUGUACAAGCCAAGAACACAGAAACCAAAGACAUCAACAUAUGCUACUCUUCAGAUCAUGCUAUGGUUGUUGACAGUCAAAGUGACCUGAAUACAAGCUGUUCCUGGUUAGCAAAGAUUUCCAAGGAGGCUUUUGAUAAAUCACGUCUUCAAAAUAAUGGAAGUGCAUUUGUUGGAGUUCUACGUUUCAAAAACUUGAGAAAUAAGAAUCAAACUAUAAAUCAGACUGUUUUGAACAACGAGGUUUAUGGAAUAACAAUGAGGGCCAACAUCUCCAACCUUACCGACAACAUUGAGAUGUUCUUUACAAAUAAUGAUAAGGAAAGUAAGGUGUCCUGCAGCUCUUGGCAUGGCAAAGGCAAACUUAAUUGGACAAUGUUUGGCUGUGAGACAGUAAGAAUCAACAACACCACCAUAAAGUGCUCCUGCUCACAUCUGACGUUCUUUGCAGUGCUGAUGUCUCCACCAGAUGCAAACAUCACAGCGCAGGAUCUGGAAUCACUGACUUAUAUCACUUAUAUCGGCUGCGGCAUCUCCAUGUUUUUUCUGUCCAUCGCUUUAUUCAUGCAUUUCUUGCUGCGGAAAGCCAAAUCAAAUCAGGCCACGAAGAUCUUGAUGAACAUGUUUGUGGCUUUGUUUCUACUGAAUGUCUCGUUUUUGUCAAACGAGAGCGUCGCUAACACACAAGACAACGCUGCGUGCGUCUUCAUAGCGCUGCUCCUGCAUUACUCCAUGCUGGCCUCAUUCACCUGGUUCUUCAUUCAAGCUCUUCAUAUGUACUUAUGGCUCCUCAGACAUAACGUCACCAUCACAAACUACAUGAGGAAGAUCACCGUGUUGGGCUGGGGUGAGUUAUACGCUCUCAGUAGCUGAGCUAGAGUUUUGUACAUGCAAGGCUAAUUCAUGGGGUCCAUAAACAAUUACAGAAAAUCGGUGUAUAAC